AUGGGCUCUCUGUUCCUAUCCGACGACAACAUUUCACAAUCAUCACACGGCACUCGCAGACGUGACAUGGCGCCGACCAUUGAAUCCUCCCUGGAGACGCAGGGCCUCGCACACGAGCAGACGGAGCUCUUGAAUCUCAUUGACAAGCUCCAGUUUGCGCAGCUCGACAAUGUCAAGCUUCCGCAAAUCGUCGUAGUCGGCGACCAGUCGGCCGGCAAGAGCUCCGUCCUCGAGGCUCUCUCUGGCACACCGUUUCCACGCGAUGCUGGAGCCUGCACAAGAUUCGCCACCGAGAUUCGACUUCGCAGAGCAAAGGAGACGAGACUGAAGGUGUCCAUUAUUCCCGACAAGACACGGCCGUACAAUGACCAGACCAAGCUGCUGCAGUACGGCGGCGACGUCACCGGCGACAUGCCCUUUGAGACGCUGAUGCGCGAAGCCACAGAGCUCAUUGCGCCCAAGAAUAUACCCGGGCGGUUUGCGGCCAGAGACAUUCUGGUGGUGGAAAAGACGGGCCCAGAGAUGCCGCUUCUUACACUUGUCGACUUGCCGGGCCUGGUUCGUGUCGCCAACCGCGACCAAUCCGAGGCCGAUAUCGCGACCAUCGAACAUCUCUCCGAUCGCUAUAUGAAGAGCUCCCGAACAAUUAUUCUUGCCGUUAUUGGCGGCAACAAUGACUAUGUCCAGGCGCCGAUUCUGACCAAGGCUCGCCACUUUGAUCCCAACGGAUCCAGAACGAUUGGUGUCCUGACCAAGCCUGAUAUGACUGAGGGCAUUGGCCUGGAAGACAAGUUUGUGGAGCUCGUUAUGAACAAGGACGACGAGAAUCACUUCAAGCUAGGCUGGUACGUCUUGCUCAACCCCGGCCCUGGCGAACAGUGGACUACGGCUGCGGACCGCGAUCGCCGCGAGGCCGAGUUCUUCACUCGUGGCAAAUGGGCCAAUCUGCCACCGCAGAUGUGGGGAGUGUCCUCGCUGCGACAAAAGCUCAGCAGCCAGCUGCAGCGUCACAUUGGCAAGCACGUCAAGAGUCUCCGCCGCCAGAUCCAGCAGGCCCUCGAGCGCUGCGACGGCCAACUCAAGGAGAUGGGCGAAGGCAAGGACACUGUGGAGGAGAUGCGGUUCGAGAUGGGCGAGCUGUUUGCCGCUUCCAACAAUCUAGUCACACCCGCCGUCAACGGCAACUACAAGAAUCCAUUCGGCGAGCGCUUCUUUGCCCGGCAAUCGAGCCCCAAAGGCACGCCUUCACAAAAGCUCCGCGCCCGGGUCCGUGAAGAGAGCGAGCGCUUCUCGCGUCUGUUUCGCCAGCAGGGCCGCAAAGUCAAUUUUGCCCAGCCCGCGGCCGUCAACGGCCUCACUGCGGCCGGCACUGUCGGCGACCAGAGCAAGAAGGACUUUGCGCAGUACGAGGUCGAGCCGCUCCUGCGCCAGAUUCGCGGCAACGAGCUGCCGCUCGACUCCAACCCGCGCGCGCCGUACAUUCUAUUCCAGGACUACUCGCGCAACUGGCCCGUGCUGGCGCAAGAGUACAAGGACAACCUGAGCGUCAUCUGCAGCGACUUUCUCGCCGACGUCAUCCGCCACAUCUGGCCGAUGCGCAUGCGCGACCCGCUGCGCUACCACUUUCUCGAGACCAAGAUGCGCGAGCUCACGGAGCGGGCCGACCAGGAGCUGACGCGCCUGACGGACGACAUGGAGCUGGAGAUUCAACCUUAUGAUCCAGAAUACGAGGAGCGUCUGCGAAGGUGGCGCGCCGAGGCGACGGAGAAUGGCGGCACGUAUACCGAGGCGGAGGAGGUGCUGGAGAAGAUGCUCAUCUACUACGACCUGACGGCGCGCAUCUUUACGCGCAACGUCAUUACUCAGGUUGUCGAGCGUCAUUUGCUGCUUGGCAUGCUACGGCUCUUCAACCCCGUUGAGAUUCUGCGUAUGCCCAACGCGACGAUUGAGUCCAUUGCCGCCGAGAACAAGGAGACGCGCGAGCGCCGCCUGACGCUCAAGGAGCAGAAGAAGGCGAUCGAAGAGGCGCGGAGCAUCUGUGCUAGCCUGGCGAUGCGGAGUGAUUUGCGCGCCUUUGCUGAUGAGGCGGACGAUGAUGUUGACUCGGACGCCGAAGCACCGUCGAGACGAAACACUGUCAAGAGACAGUCGACGGCGGCGCAAGCAGCACCGCCACCACGGCGCUCCGUGGAGUCAAACCGCCAGAGCUAUCAGGAUGAGCGCCCCCGGCAAAACGUAGACACCGCCCGCCCUCGUCCUCAGCAGCCCUCGGCGCCAGUUGCGCCUGCCACGCCUAGCAUCCAUAACGACCAGCCUCGUGAGUGGGACUCACCGUACUACACGACAGCCUCGUCGACGCAGCAGCAGCAGCAGCAGCAGCCGCCCCAUGCGCCGCCGCCGCCGCCGCGCCCGCAAAAGGUGGGCUACGAGGAGACGAAUGGGUAUUAUGAGGCUGCGCCGGUGCAGAAUGGCGCGAGAGGAAACAAGGAUAGCGCAAGACAGCGUCUUGCGGCGGUGAUGCGGAGUCAGUAA